AUGGAGCUGUCAGCACGAGACAAGGCCAAGGCAAGGGUCGCCCAGAUUGAAAUAUAUGCGACGACGGCCGUGAGUUUCUUGCUGCUUGUGAUGGCAUGCGCGCACUGGUUCACAGACGUGCGUCAGCGCGUCGCGACAUUCCAGUGGCUCCAGGGCGUGUGGGAUGUCUAUGAACAGUAUGCCAGCGUACCCCGACGCCCAUCGCAUACAUCCUGGGACAGCUGGUGCGACCUGGUGCACAGUUUCACCAGUUCGUGCUUCUUCUUGUCUGGUGCAACGAACAAGAGCGUGGUAGCCGAUGGUUGGGAACAUGUGCGAUCGUUGUGGACGACAUCGCCAUCAUCGCCCAAGACCAUGUACCGGCGGGAUCCGCGGGAUGUCUUGUUUGCUACAACAUGGGGCAUGGUCUUUUUUGUCGUGCGGUUUGUUCUCAUGCAAUGCUUCCUCCUCCCGCUUGGACGUUUGCUUGUAUCACGGCCGACAACGGCAAGAGACAAGGCGCAUUAUCAGGCACAGUUGCAGCGACGAAUCGCUCGGUUCGGUCAACAGGCGUGGAUCUUGAUUUUGUACAGCGUCUCGCUAAUUUUUGUCGUUCGUGUGAUUCAGCGGCAGCCAUUCUGGAUAUGGAAGCCGCAAUACUUUUGGCUUGACUAUCCUGCCACGACAACCGAUGCCCUCACCAAGGCCGUGUAUUUGUGGGAGGCAUCGAACUACAUUCACCAAGUGUUUGUGAUCAACUUGGAAGAACGUCGCUCCGACUUUUGGCAGAUGCUGAUCCAUCACUUUGUCACACUUCUGCUGAUUGGGGGCUCGUAUGCUUGCUGCUUUCACUAUGUGGGUAUUUCCAUCCUAUUCUUGAUGGACCCCGCCGAUAUCUGUCUGAGCAUUGCGAAACUGUUCAAGUACAUGGGCUUUUCUACUUUCUGCGACGUGCUGUUUGCCAUUUUCAUGCUGGUCUGGAUCAUAACACGCCAUGUAGGCUAUGCAUUCGUCUGGUGGUCGUGCUUCAAAGAUGCACCUGCGCUCAUUUCCUUCACAAACCAGCUAGACCUCGCCUCAGGUCACAUGCUCACUAGAACAACCUAUGUGUUUUUCCUAAUCUUGCUCACUGCUCUGCAAGCAAUUCUUUUGAUCUGGUUCAGCAUGAUUGUCAACAUUGCGGUGCGUGUACUCACGCAGCAAGGGGCUGUCGAUACUCGGAGUGAUGACGACUCGGAUUAG